AUGGAGAUCAGCGACCCCAGUCCCGAUGGAUUCCACCUCAACCAGAAGCAGGUCAUUGGAAGCGGCAGUACAUUCAAGCCCAAGCUCUACAGCUUUAAUGCCGACGUCAGCCUCCUGGGCUCGCCUAAGUUUACGACUGUUACCGUCCCGGAUGUUCAGGGCAGAGACGGAUAUGUGGUGAAUAUCAACCAGUGGGUUGAUUUGAGCAGUGUUGGGGAUUUCGAGGCUUUCUCAACCGCGGUGAUGAUGAACGAGGAGUUCAAGCUGAAUAUCUAUGGCGAACCGCGCCUCAAGCUCGGUGCGCUGCCAACCAUCGACAUUGAUUACAACAAGACGAUCACCAUGAAGGGACUCAACAAGCUUGAGGGUUUCAAGAUUGAGAAACUGGGAUUGAACACCAAACUCGGCCAGGGAAGGAAUGCUGAAGGCACUGUGUUUAUUCCUAACCCAUCCGUUCUGACACUGACCAUGGGCAACCUUACUUUGGACAUUUCAUCUAACGGCACCAAACUUGGCCAGUCUUUCUUGGACGAUCUGGUGCUCCUUCCCGGUGACAACCAUGUCCCCAUGACUUCCUUUUUAGACAUUACCGCUCUGGCCGACCUUCUUCCGGGCGAUGGGAUUUUGCCAUUGACGAUUGUUGGCAAAUCCAGCGUAUACAACAAACAACCUCUCUCGUAUUUCACGAAGGCGCUGCAGGCAAACACGCUUAACACCAACGUAAACCUUAGCGCGGUUCUCGGCUGA